GCACUUCCAGUCACUCGGGCAGGUGCUGGCCUCCGACGGCACGUCCCUUCUUUACAGGGUUUAUAGGGGGUGUGACUGCGGCGUCCAGAGCUCCUCGGCCGUUUUCCUCCAUGUUCGACUCGUUAAUUAUUCAAGCAAACAGAAAGUGCAUGCAGCCGUGCGUCCACACAAUGCGCGGUUUCAAAGUGCGGUGGAGGAGGUCCUCCCUGCCCGGAUCUAAUCACCUGUUAGCGCAGGACUUUCCCCACACCAGCCGCCAUCGUUUCCCGGUGGGAAAAACUAAGCAUUGACUUAAAAACUCCCACCAUUAGUAAAACUCGCGGAAAGUGUUACCGACUGCAUGAUGGAGAGACUAGAUUCACAGAAAUCCCCGAAACGGUCCCCCCUGGAUCUGAUCAUGAACCAGAUCCGCAGGAAGAAGUCCUUCAGCGAGCGUUUACAGAAGCCGUCUGUCUCCCGGUUCUUCCGCCCCUUUGAAAGCGAGGAUAGGAAGGAGUCCGGCGUCUCUGAGGAGGGAGAGGACAAGGAGGAUGUGCCCCCCGGGACAGGGGAGAGCGAGUCCUUAGAGACAGAGACGGGCUCCGUGGUGGGCUGGGGGCGCGUCAGACAGUUCGUGCAGAAGAUGGGGAGGCAGCCGGACAGCCAGAACCUGAGCCUGAGCCACUGUGACCUGACAGCCACCGACGUGGUGGAGCUGGCCACCCUGCUGCCCUUCCUGAGUAGCCUGGAUGAGAUGGACCUCUCUUGGAAUGACCUGAUUGGAGGGUCGCUGAAGGCGCUGACCUUUCACCUCCAGCACGUGUGCAGGCUGAGGGCGCUGAGACUGAGUGGCUGCAGGCUGAGCCCUCAGGACCUUGCUGCCCUGGGGGAGACCCUGGAAGAGCUCCCCCUGCUGGAGGUACUGGAUCUGUCCUGGAACGCUGGGCUGGGGGGCCACCUGCAGCUCCUGGCCACUCAACUCCGCUCUGGCUGCCGGUUGAAGGAGCUCCACCUAGUGGACUGUGGGCUCACUGCGGCAGAUGUGGGCGCCGUGGGUGCUAUGCUAUCCAGGCUUACGGGCUUGGAGCUGCUGGACCUGUCCACAAACCAGCUUUUGGGAGGGGCCUUUGGGGACUUGGUCCCCCAGCUGCAGGACGCCCCGGGCUUGCGGGUUCUGCGGCUUCGGGGGUGUGGACUGGGGACCAAGGACCUGGAGAUGCUGGGUGGUGUGCUCCAGUUCCUCCCCACCCUGCAGGAGUUGGAUCUGUCUUGUAACAGGGGGGUGUCUGGGGGGCUGGCCCAUUUGGGGGCCCAGCUGGGGGGCCUCGCACAGCUGUGCUGCCUGGAUGUGCACGAUUGCUGUCUGACAGAGGAGGAUGUGCAGGUUUUGGUUCAGGCACUCCCUUCCCUCUCUGACAUCACCAUGCUGGAUUUAUCCUCCAAUAAGAUGCUUGGGGGCGUGACCCAGCAGCUCUUUGCCGGCUUCCCAUUGGGAAACGUGAAGAGGCUUAACCUAAGUAGCUGCUGUCUCACAGAGGAGACCUACCUGGCUCUCGCCAUGGCAGUGCACUGUCUUCCCCUGCUGGAGGCCCUGAACCUGUCAUGGAACAAGUGUGUGGGGGGGAAGCUGAACUCACUGCUGGAGGCCCUGCCCACUAGCGCCGCCCUGCUGGAGAUGAGGCUAAGCAGCUGCGGCCUGACGGCGGAGGACGUGCUGCAACUGGCAUCUUUGGCAAAUCGCCAGGCCCUGAGUCACCUGAGGCAGCUGGACUUGUCCUACAAUGGCGGUGUGGGCGGGGCAGGAUGGCUGCCUCUCUUCCAAUCACUGGGGAGCCUGGUGGCGCUAACAGAGCUGGACGUCAGCCUGCGGCCCUCGGAUGCCGCCCCCGCCUCUGCCUGGCUGUCUGCCCUGCUGAAUGCCACGCCACGGCCUCCCGCUCUGCAGGUGGCGGCCUUGCGCCACUGGAGCCUCACCCCCCAUGACAAGAACAUGAUAGACAUUUUUUGCAAGGAUGCCGGAAAGAGCAUCUUCCUUGACUAUGACCCCUAGAGGUGGGAAUAUUGGCAGCGUUGGUGGGAUUAGUGAUGCGCUGACAUUGUUUGGUUGGUAGCUAAGUGGCGAUUCGUCAUGAUGCAGUCAAGAGGCAGAAUCAGCAUAAAUGAGAUAGGAGACUAACCAGCCUGUAAUUACAGCCUGUGUUUGGUCAUUCCUCAUUCUCUGACCCAAAUAAAUACCAAACACAUUUCAUCUUAUAAACCACAGAGAUUUUGGGAUCUGUACCAAAAAUGGCAAAGGUGGAUAAUUCUCAUCUCCUAAAGCUACAAAACCUUAACUGAGGUGUGUUGCCUUUGGUGAGUGAGCUGCUUUUAUCGGCUACUGACUGUGUGUAAUGCUGGCUGCUCUCUUUGCUCCUAUUUACUAAAAUGUCAGUUCUGUAGAGUGCCAGCCCAGGCCUAGUAAUAUGAUUGGUCAGACACCUCUUACAAAGAAUUCCUUGAAAAACACAACUUGUUUAGAUUUCAGUUAUUGUGUACCCUGUGAUGGGUUUGUGCCCCAUCAUGGAUUGUUCACCGCCUUGCGCCCUUAGCUUCCAGGAUAGGCUCCAGACCCCCCACGACCCUGAAUAGGGUAAGUGGUUAUAGAAAAUGGAUGGAAUUGUUUAUUGGGAUUCAGUUAAUCUGUGAGUAAAUUAAGUAUCGCACAACUUAUUGUUGAAUCACAGAAUGCUUUCAUGGUUUGUAUUUGUACAAGAUGUAGUGCUGUUUAAUAUUCAUGUUGCAUGAUGAUUUGUGACAUAUUUCUCAAUAGGAUUUAUAUAUUUGUUUUUACCUAGUGCGGGAUUUGGUAGUUUACCCUCUCUCUUAUUAACUAUAAUACUAUUUUCUGGUGUUUAUCACUCGGUAAGCUCUCAGGAAAUCUAUUUUCUAAACAAAUAUGGAAAUAGUUUUUAUUAUAGGCAUUUAAUAUAAUGUGGAUGAAGCACUGAUUAUGAACAUCUUCUAGAUAGGAAUAUAAAAACAUUAUUUAGGACAAUGUAUAUUUUGUUUGAGUAGAAUUGAGUGGUUUGGGGAGUCAUUAACGGGGGCCUUGGCAUGCAUCUUAAUGAGAGCCUCUCAUGCUCGGGUCAUCUAUCAGACAUGUAGCUCUGUGUCAUCUUGCAAUCCACUUUUGAUUUGUGAAGAUCGGUCUGUAGAUCGGUCUGCUUUCAACUGCCGCGAUCCGCAUAGCACCCGACCCCCACGGCUCCCCCUGCAGGUGGUGGGCCCACAGGAGGGCAGACCCUUGUUAUUCCCCUGGGCUAUGCCCACCCAGGCCACAAGGGUAGAAGGCAGAAGUGAGAGUAAUGGUUCAUAAGAAAUACGUUGUUCUGGAUUUUUUUUUAAAAUCCAAAACAGUUUAAGUUUUUAUGAGCUGCCGGAUAUCGCCUGCCGCACUGAAGAAAAUGACCUUUUGUGCUUCAAAGUUGUUAGACUAUGACUUCAUAUAGUCAUACAGUCAUACAAGUAACCGUGUCACAACCCAAUCUAUGUGACAACCAACAUACAGUCACAAGAAAAGCUACUGCAGACUCCUCACAAAUGCCAACACACAUAAACAGGUAAAUAUGAAAAAAAAUAAAUAUUUGCCCUUAGAUUUGGAGGGCUGACACAAACCAAAUACAUAUUGUUAAAAUAGGCUAAAACAGUUACACAAUUUUUAUCUUGCAAUUGCACUUUGUGGCAGAGUGGUGGCUCUGAGGCUAGGAAUCUGUGCCAGACAUCGGAAGGUUGCUGGUUCAAAUCCUGUGAAUUCCUGGAGUGAUCCUAUUCCAUUAGGCCCUUGAGCAAGGCCCCUAACCUGCAAUUGCUUCAUCCUGGGUAUGACAUUAAUCUAAAUACAGCCCUAUAAGGCGGUCAUCCAACUUACAGGGAAAUUCCGGGGUUGGUGGCAGUAUUGGCACUCCAGCCACUGGAAAAAAGCUCAUACUGGUCCAUUUGUACUAGUGUGGUGUGGAGGUAUCACUUGACGCAUGGCUGCACUCAGGUUCUCAUCCCUGAGGUGGUUUGUCGUGUGCUGGGUGCAGCAACACUGUCAGCGCAUGCUCCUUACCUCUAAUCCAGAUUUGGUAGCCGAUAAUUGGUCCAUGGAGGCUCCUGCCUUCGACUGCCACCUGAUCUGCAUAUCACCUGAUCCCACAGCUCCCCCUGCAGGUGGUGGGCCCACAGGAGGGCAGACCCUUGUUAUUCCUGCAGGCUAUGCCUGGCUGGGCCCCAAGGGUACAAGGCAGAAGUGAAAGUAAAGGUUCAUAUGAGUUCUGUUUGUUUUUUUUUUAAUCCUUUUGGAUUUUAAGUUUUUAUGGGCUGCUGAACCAAAAAAAAGAGCUUUUAAGCUUCCAAGUCAGAGUAUGACUCUGUCUCUAUUGCCUGCCACUUUAGUCUCCUUAAAGGCUGUAUCUCUCCCCCGUCUGUAAGUGAGUUUGUCAUUCACUGUUUUAUAACUCAUCCUCUAAGAGUGAAGGUGGGUGAUGAUGGCACGUCCGAGUGUGAAUAGCUUGCAGUAUUUUUGAUUAUUGGGAUUACUUAUCACAGUUUGACAUGCAUAAUACUUUGCAUUCUUUUUGACUAACUAUUGUUCAUAAUUCAUAUGCAAUAGUUUGUACUUAUUUGACUAUUAUUGCUUAUAUAUGUAAUUUUGUAUCACUUUUAAUAGUGUUUUUGAGCAAACCUAAGCGUGCCAGUUUGUUCCUUUGAGAGCCCUAUAUCCCUGUCACAUCAUUUUAACACAGUGCCAAAUGCAGCCAUGUAGAUGCAACUCAACUCCUGGUUGAACAUGAUGCUAAUAGUUUUUUUGCCCAUUAAUAUUAAAUUUAUUAACACUCAAUACAACUAUCAAUCAUAACCUGUUGUUUAAAAGGCUAGCCCCUUUUUUAAUUUAUGCAAUGGUUUAGUCUAUAGAGCAAAUGCGGUCAAGCUAUCCGCGUUUCACCGAAAAACACGGUCCAAAUCUUCCGUGCUUAAAAUGUGAGGUGCACGCAUAGAUGUAACAUUACGGUAUCAGCCGUACAUUACGCCAGAAAUCACUUGCUGUGAGCUACGUAUGCGUAUCCGUACACAGUUGUGUUGUUAACGUUAGUGCUGAUAUACUUGCGUCCGUAAUCUGUAGUGUGUACUCCUUACCACCAGGGGUCAGUGUCGAGGCCGCAAACCAAAUAAAUGAAUGAA